AUGAAUCUGUUAGUCGACAUUCUUGCCAAUAUUAUAAUACAACAAUACUUUCAUUCCAGAUGUUUAAUUAUUAUUACAGAUAAUACAACAGAAUUUAAUUACACAUCAAAUACUCCAGCUCUUCGAACAUCCUCCGAAAUCGAAAAUAUAGAAAACGUAGUUUUUCAUUACUUCGGUUGUCAAGAUGUUAUAUUUAAGUCUAGAAAACCAUCAACCUUACUUCAGGAAUUUGAGAAACUAAUCAGAUUCAGCCCUGAACGAUUUAGUGAAAGAAGGUAUUUAAUUUUACCCGUAGAAAACAUGUUGGAAAAUUUAACAAGCAUCUUCAAUUUACAUGAAUUGAAUUACAUAAGCGAUGUUUUAACCGUUCGUGAAUUUGGGGACAAUGGUACUACGAGGUAUUACCAAAUUUUAAGUAACAAAUAUGUAGGUCAAAGUGAAAACAACGAUCCGAUCUUAAUGGAUAUUUGGUUUCCGAAUAAUAGAUCGUUUUUAAUGAAUAAUAUUUUGUAUCCUAAUAAGCUUGUAAAUCAGCUUGGAAGAGAAUUAAAAAUGGCAACGUUUCAGUAUGAACCAUAUUCUAUUAUUGGUAACACCUCGCAGGAAAAUUUUGGUUCUGAAAUGAAAACUGUUUUGGCGUUUGCUGCAAAAUACAAUCUAACAGCAAUUCCAAUCGUAAACGAAUUGGACUAUUGGGGGGAGAUAUUUCCCAAUUGGACUGGUAAUGGUUUAUUGGGAAACUUGGCUGAAGAUAAUGCCGAUGUUGGAUUUGCUGCUUUGUAUACGUGGGAGUACUCUUAUUAUUAUCUCGAUUUAUCAAAGCCUCUUGUCAGAACGGGAAUAACUUGCCUAGUACCAUCUCCAAAGCUGGCAACUGGAUGGCUAACACCAACGUAUGCUUUUUCAAAUGGUAUGUGGCUAUUAGUACUGGCGGUAUUUCUUGUUGCAGUGGUAGUAGGUUCUAUUACAGUCAUGUGCUUUAAUAAUUCAUUUAAAAAUCAAAACGGAUUUGCUGGGAAGGCGUUUGAAAGUACAUUCUUCGAUGUUUUAAAGAUGUUCGCUCUACAAACAGUUUCAGCUAGAAAAAUACCAACAAGUAUUACUGGAAGAUAUUUCUUUAGCAUUAUGUUUCUAUUUACUGUGAUUGUUACUAGUAGUUACAGCAGCAGUUAUUCAAGUAUUAUGACGAUUCCCAGAUACGAACGAGCCAUUAAUACAGUUAAAGAUUUUUUUGAGAGCGGAUUGCAUUGGGGAGCUACGCAAGAUGCGUGGAUCACAUCAAUUCAACGAACAGAUGACAAAAUUUAUCAAGCCAUAGUAAGCAGAUUCGAAGCUGUAUCUGAAGAAAAGCUGGAAAAAAAUUCCAAAACAGAGGACUUUGCAUUUUCAGUAGAACGGUUGCCCAAAGAAAAUUUUGCGGUUGGAUCAUACAUAAAAGACGAUGUCAUCCAAAAUUAUCACUUGAUGCAGGAAGAUUUUUAUUGGGAACAAUGCGUAGUAAUGACAAGAAAAAGUUCAAUUCUACUUCCAAUGUUGGAUUUAUUCAUACUAAAGGUAUUUGAAGCAGGACUUAUAACACAUUGGCAAGAUGAGGCGGUAAUGGUUUCGAUGGACUCCGUUGUGCAAAAGGCUGUGAAGUUCUAUUAUCAUCACUAUACUGAAAGACAUUUCUACAGAUUGACAAUUUUACAAGUGGAAGGGGCAUUCGGUCUUUUAGCUAUUGGAUAUAUCAUCAGUUUUAUUGUGCUUAUUUUAGAAAUAAUUCUGCAUAAAUGCACCGAUAGAACAGCAAAACCACUACCAUUCCAGUUAAAAAUGACCUCGUUGGCGUACGUAAAUGUUUUGUUAAACGUAUUAAUAGAUUAUUAUUUUAAAAAUGCAAGAUGCAUAUUUCUUAUUCAAGAUAAAUUGCAUAGAUUUGAAUAUAAUAACGAAAUACCCAUCGUGAAUAUAAAUGCGGAUGGCAAUUACUUGAAUCAUUCGCUAAUAUUUCAAAACUACGGUUGUCAGAAUAUAUUCAUAUAUCACGAAAACAGUUCUGUUAUAUUUAAUAUGUUUGAAGCAGCUAUUUUAAAUAACAUCACCAAAGAACGAUACAUGAACAGAAGAUACGUAAUUGUGUCAACGUUGACUGAUAUGAAUAAGAUUCUAGCAUUGCCUAAGCUAGAAUUUGUGAUGGAUUUACUUCUAAUUAAUUUGGAAUCUCAAGUUCAAAAAACUUCUGGUUUUAGGGAUAUUGUAGAAGAAACUUACAGACUAUUUACUCACAGUUUUGGCGGGGAAAAGUUUAAUGAGUCGCUGUACUUGGAUACUUGGAAUUCAAAUUUUGGUUUUGUGGAAAAUAGAAAUUUAUUUCCAGAUAAAAUUAAAAAUGCAAAUGGAAGGAUAUUUAGAUUAAUGACGAUACCCUAUCAACCUAAUAACGUUUUGUCUGAUGGUAAAUACGGAGGAACGGAAACGGGACCAAUGUUGGAUUAUUGCAAAAAAUAUAAUUUUACCCCUCAAUUUAUUAUGGCAGAUGUCAAUGAUUUUGGCCAAAUAUAUGAAAAUGGAUCUUCAGAUGGUUUGACACGAUUUAUAGUGGAAGGAUAUGGAGAAGUUGGAUUUGGUUCAAUUGGUAGAUGGGUGGACUAUUAUGAAUACAGUGAAUUUGCUAAACCUAUGAUUCGUUCUGGAAUUACUUGUAUAGUACCUUUACCAGGUUUGGUAACUGGGUGGCAAGUGCCAUUAUUAACAUUUUCCGCAGAAAUGUGGGCUUCGAUGGUCUUCAGUAUGAUAUUCUGUUCUAUUAUUUAUUAUUAUUUUAGAAUCUACCACAUAAAAAAGAAUAAAUCUACAUACGAUCCUAACAACAUUCCAAAAUUGAGAAUAUAUUACUUUUCCUGUACAGAAAUCUUGGCAAUGUAUAUGUUGCAACCAAUAAAAAUUCCAAGUGACAUACUAACUAGAUUUGUACUCAUUGUAAUUUUGUAUACAGUUGUAAACGUAACCAAUGCAUAUUCUUCUGGAUUGUACAGUUUUUUAGCAGUACCGCGCAUUAAGAAAUCAAUAGAUACAGUACAAGAUAUGGCAGAUGAAGAACUAGUAUGGGCUGGUGGUACGGAAGCGUGGAUUACUACAAUAUUUUACUAUGAAGAGCCAAAGUACAGAACAAUUAUCAAGAACUUCAUUUAUGAUGAUGACGACGUAAUAAGAAAUAUGUCGUUAGAAAACAGAUAUGGAUUCGUAAUGGAGAGAUUACCAUAUGGUCACUAUGGGUUGCAAAACUAUAUAAAAAAGGACGUAAUACGGAAUUAUCGAAUUAUGAAAGAAGAUAUAUAUUGGGAUUAUUGGAUCUACAUGCACAGAAAAAACUCUGUUCUUUUAGAAUCACUUGACUUUUUCGUUCUACGAUUCUUUCAAUCUGGACUUUCGGAAUAUCAAGAGACUAGGGUAGUUUUAGACCACAUGGAUACAACAAUACAACAGGCGAUAUUUUACAAUACACAUAAUAAUCAUAGAAACGUGGUUAAAUUAAAAUAUGAACAUGUUGAAGGUGCCUUUAGUAUACUAAUAUUUGGAUAUUGUGUGGGACUGUUGUCUCUUAUUGUUGAAAAUGUGAUGGAAACCUGUAAGAAACGUUCAAUAAAAAACAACACUUAAUUUUACA